UUCACAUCCUCUAUCAACACCUGCACACUUGGGCUGUGACCACACGCACUCUUCCUGUUUGUACCGAAGGUGCCAUUCAGAAAGCUUGCCAGUGAGAAGGGAGCCCCACGCUCAGCCUCAGAAGAAAGAAGCUGAACGACAUCUCUGGGAGAGAAAGACAGGAGCGUGAAGCGGAGAGGUACCUUGCUUAAGUUUGGGAUUUCAGUGUGCCCGUCACCAGAACAGUGUUCAUUGUGCCCAAUAGCGCGCGGGCGGCCAGAGGCUCGGCGGCGGCGGCAGCGGCGGCGCUGACACCUUCCACCAUGGACAGCUUCGACUUAGCCCUGCUCCAGGAAUGGGACCUCGAGUCGCUGUGGGGUGAAGACAUCUUAAACCAGAGGAAUGACUCUCUAGUUGUGGAAUUUCAGUCUUCAGCCAGCAGAUGCAGGAGUGUCUAUGAACCAGAUAGAAAUGCAUUACGGAGGAAAGAGCGGGAAAGAAGAAAUCAGGAAACGCAGCAGGAUGACGGCACAUUUAAUUCCAGCUACUCUCUCUUCAGUGAGCCUUACAAGACUAACAAGGGGGAUGAGCUCUCCAGUCGGAUCCAGAAUACUUUAGGCAAUUAUGAUGAAAUGAAAGACUUUUUAACUGAUAGAUCCAAUCAGAGUCAUCUCGUUGGCGUUCCCAAACCUGGGGUUCCUCAGACUCCUGUGAACAAGAUCGAUGAACAUUUUGUUGCAGAUUCAAGAGCCCAGACCCAGCCCUCGUCUAUCUGUAGCACGGCGUCUUCCACACCAGCAACUGUCCCCGUGCAGCAGAGCAAGAGAGGCACCAUGGGCUGGCAGAAGCCUGGGCACCCUCCAUCUGAUGGCCAACAGAGAGCAACACAACAGGGCUCUCUCAGGACCUUGCUUGGAGAUGGUGUUGGCAGACAGCAGCCAAGGGCCAAACAAGUGUGCAAUGUGGAGGUGGGUCUUCAGACCCAGGAAAGGCCACCUGCCAUGGCAGCUAAGCACAGCAGCGGUGGACACUGUGUUCAGAACUUUCCUCCAUCUUUGGCUUCAAAACCCAGCCUGGUCCAGCAGAAACCGACUGCAUAUGUGCGGCCCAUGGACGGCCAAGACCAGGCUCCUGAUGAAUCUCCUAAGCUUAAGUCAUCUACAGAAACCAGUGUGCACUGCACGUCAUACAGGGGCGUCCCAGCCAGCAAGCCGGAGUCGGCCAGAGCCAAGGCCAAGCUUUCCAAGUUCAGCAUCCCUAAGCAAGGAGAGGAGAAUAGAUCUGGAGAAAGCAACAGCUGUGUUGAAGAAAUAAUUCGGGAGAUGACCUGGCUUCCACCACUGUCUGCUAUUCAAGCACCUGGCAAAGUGGAACCAAGCAAAUUUCCAUUUCCAAACAAGGACUCUCAGCUUGUAUCCUCUGGACACAAUAAUCCAAAGAAAGGUGAUGCGGAGCCAGAGAGUCCAGACAAUGGCACAUCGAAUACAUCAAUGCUAGAAGAUGACCUUAAGCUAAGUAGUGAUGAAGAAGAGAAUGAACAGCAGGCAGCCCAGAGAACUGCUCUCCGCGCUCUCUCUGACAGCACGGUGGUCCAGCAGCCCAACUGCAGAGCCUCGGUGCCUUCCAGCAAGGGCAGCAGCAGCGGCAGCAGCAGCGGCAGCAGCAGCUCCUCCAGUGACUCAGAGAGCAGCUCGGGAUCCGACUCGGAGACAGAGAGCAGUUCCAGCGAGAGUGAGGGCAGCAAGCCCCCCCACUACUCCAGCCCCGAGGCUGAACCGGCAUCCUCUAACAAGUGGCAGCUGGAUAAAUGGCUAAACAAAGUUAAUCCCCACAAGCCGCCUAUUCUGAUCCAAAAUGAAAGCCACGGGCCAGAGAACAAUCAAUACUACACCCCUGUGAAAGACGAGGUGCAGGACUGUGGGAAACUGCCCGACGUUUGCCAAACCGGCCUGAGGGAGAAGGAAAUCAAGAGCACCUGCAAAGAGGAGCAGAGGCCGAGGACAGCGAACAAGGCCCCUGGGAGCAAAGGGGUGAAGCAGAAGUCCCCACCCGCGGCUGUGGCCGUGGCCGUGACUGCAGCCGCAGCUGCGCCGCCCGCGGGGCCCGGUGCGCCCGUGGAGAGCGCGCCCGCGCCUGCCCGGAGGUCAGCGGGCAAGAAGCCCACCAGGCGCACCGAGAGGACCUCGGCCGGGGACAGCGCCAACUGCCACCGGCCCGAGGAGCCCGCUGCCGCGGACACGCUGGGAGCCAGCGUGGUGGUCCCCCCAGAGCCCACCAAAACCAGGCCCUGCGGCAACAGCAGAGCGAGCCACCGCAAGGAGCUGCGCUCCUCGGUGAAUUGUGAGAAGCGCCGCACACGGGGACUGGGCAGGAUCGUCCCCAAAUCCAAGGAGUUCAUCGAGACAGAGUCGUCAUCUUCGUCCUCCUCCUCGGACUCGGACCUCGAGUCGGAGCAGGAGGAGUACCCUCUGUCCAAAGCGCAGACCGCGGCCGCCGCCGCCGCCUCCGGGAGUGACCAGCGGCCGAAGGAGGCUGCCAACAGCGUCAGCAGUGGCGGCGGCGGCCCCCGGGCCGCCGUGGGUUCCAUCAACGCCAGGACCACCAGUGACAUCGCCAAGGAGCUGGAGGAGCAGUUCUACACGCUGGUCCCCUUCGGCCGGAACGAACUUCUCUCCCCUCUGAAGGACAGUGAUGAGGUCAGGUCUCUCUGGGUCAAAAUUGACCUGACCCUCCUGUCCAGGAUCCCAGAACACGUGCCCCAGGAGCCGGGGGUCUUGAGCGCUCCUGCAGCCAAGGACGCCGAGAGCGCACCGCCCAGCCACGCCUCAGACACGCCCCCUGAAAAGGCUUUGCCCAAAUCCAAGAGGAAACGCAAGUGUGAUAACGAAGACGAUUACAGGGAGAUCAAGAAGGCCCAGGGGGAAAAAGAGAGCUCUUCACGCCUGGCCACCUCCACCAAUAAUUCUUUGUCUGCAAACCACUGCAACAUGAGCAUCAACAGCGUGGCAAUACCAAUAAAUAAAAAUGAAAAAAUGCUCCGGUCGCCCAUCUCACCCCUCUCCGAUGCCUCUAAACACAAAUACUCCAGCGAGGAAUUAACUUCUUCCAGCCGACCUAAUGGCAACAGCUUGUUCACUUCCACCUCUUCUAACAAAAAGCAUAAAGCCGACAGCCAGCUGCAGUCUCAUGCUGGAGACCUCACGAAAGCAGCUCACAAUUCCGAAAACGCUCCCCUCCACAAGUCUCGGCCACAGACAGAGCCGUGGUCUCCAGGCUCCAACGGCCACAGGGACUGCAAGAGGCAAAAACUUGUCUUCGAUGAUAUGCCUCGCAGUGCAGAUUAUUUUAUGCAAGAAGCUAAACGAAUGAAGCAUAAAGCAGAUGCAAUGGUGGAAAAGUUUGGAAAGGCUUUGAACUACGCAGAAGCAGCUUUGUCAUUCAUUGAGUGUGGAAAUGCAAUGGAACAAGGCCCCAUGGAAUCCAAAUCUCCUUAUAUGAUGUAUUCAGAAACAGUAGAACUCAUCAGGUAUGCUAUGAGACUGAAAACCCACUCAGGCCCCAAUGCUACACCAGAGGAUAAACAACUGGCUGCGUUAUGUUACCGAUGCCUGGCUCUCCUGUACUGGCGGAUGUUUCGACUCAAAAGGGACCACGCUGUGAAGUAUUCAAAAGCACUUAUCGACUAUUUCAAGAAUUCGUCUAAAGCCGCCCAAGCCCCGUCUCCGUGGGGGGCCAGUGGAAAGAGCACUGGAACCCCAUCCCCCAUGUCUCCCAACCCCUCUCCCACCAGCUCCGUGGGGUCUCAGGGCAGCCUCUCCAGCACCAGCUCCCUGUCCCCGCCGACCAUCGUCAGCAUCCCGCAGCGCAUCCACCAGAUGGCGGCCAACCAUGUGAGCAUCACCAACAGCAUCCUCCACAGCUACGACUACUGGGAGAUGGCCGACAACCUGGCCAAGGAAAACCGAGAAUUCUUCAACGACCUGGAUCUGCUCAUGGGGCCUGUCACCCUGCACAGCAGCAUGGAGCACCUGGUCCAGUACUCCCAGCAGGGCCUGCACUGGCUGCGGAACAGCGCCCACCUGUCGUAGGGACCUCACCCUGGAGCCGGUCUGUGCUCUCGUCUCCACAGACGGCUCAAUGUUUCUGGACACUGUGCUACUGAAGUUCCCAGCCACAGCAUUUAUCAAACUGCGGUGAACAUUUCCUCAGCAUCGAACAGCGGUCUUUUCCCAGGGCAUGUGUGUUUGUAUGUGUGAGUGUGUAAGAAGCUGCCUGUGUAUGUGUGUAAGAUACACAGCUCUUCAGAACACAUUCUCUUUGUCUAGUUUCCAUAACUCCAGGCUAGACCAAGUGACUGGAGGUUCCUGAUUAGAGGAAGUACACAGGUACACACGCACACAUACACAUACACAUACACAACCACAGACACACACUUUCUGUUCUAAUGCUAAACUUCUUAGAAAAUUCAACCAAAAUCUCGUGGGUUAGUUAACCAGGUGCAAUACAGCACACCAAAAGCUUGACUGCCAGUUAAGAGGAACCCAGCUCUUACACUAUUGAUUACUUUCAGUAUUAAUUAAUAUGCCCCAAUUAUUUUUUGAUUGGUAUAUAUUAAUGGGUAACUAAAUAACAAAAAUAAGUCAGUUAUUUUUGUGCCAGAAGUUUACUAGAUUGCAUGUUACCAAACACCCUGCCCUUCCUCUGAUAUCCUCCCCUCAUCUGACUUGAUUAUCAAUGAAACACAUUUCAGGUAAAUGGAUCAACUCCCCCAGGAGUUCCCUGCUCUACCCACAAAUAGUAUGAAAGUGGCAUUGAGAUUUGGUAAAAGUUCAGUGUCUUUGAAAAGUUAACAAACAUUAAAGCAGUGAUGACUGUGUUUUGGAGCUCAGUUAGGAUUUGAAAUUUCUGCACCUGUGACAACAAGCCUACCAGGCACAUGCAUUUCUUCUUCCUGCCACUGUGACUUGGUGGCUGUAGAGCCACGUGGCAUUUGCCAGACAAUAAUGUUUCAAGUCUUUUCUUUCCAUAAUAGCUUGCUUACAAGUUUUCUUGGCCAAAUGAGGACAUUACCUAGAAUGUCCCUUCACUAGAAGUCUGUAUGUGUUGCUUAGCAGGCUAAGAGCUAGUUGCUAUUAUUAUAUAAUGCUGUCUGAUUCUCUCACCCUUCAUGCAGAAUGUGCCACUGCAAGCCUUUGAUGCAUUUUGAUUUGGGGGAUACUUUUCCGGCUUUGAUUAGCAAGCUGCUUACAAUGCAGGGGAAGUUACUCCUGCAGCGGUUACCAUUCUGUGUGGGGUCGCAACAGCCAGAGCACCUUGCUUAUGUCUUGUGCAUCUGGUAUGUUUACAUCUUGCUCGUGACUUUUCUUUUCUUUUCUUUUUUUAAUUAAGUUUACAUUUUAGUUGUUUUGACAUCUCGUUUACAGUUUUUUUCUGAAGUUUAUUUCUUUUAUAGUGUUGUAUCAUGCCCUAGAUUUAGUCUUUUUGUUAAAUAUAUUUGGAUAUGAAAUGUUGGUAAAAGGACAACAACUCCUGAAAAAAGGGGUAUAUCUUGCCACACUUUAAAAACAAAAAUAAUGUCCUUGAGGCCUCUUACUUGACAAAAUUGCACCAGGAUGGUCCGAAAAACAUAGGUGAUACAAUAUGUGGAACAAUCCAUUUUUUCAAGGUGAUGGUGGCACAGAAUAUUUACAAUAGAUGCUGACAGAUGCUUUCACUGAUAUUCGUAUAGGUUGGGUUGCAGUGUUAACAUUUUUGUCAGCCCAAUCUGUAGGUGGGAAAUAAGAUUGCUGUAAUUCUCCAGCUCUAAGCACUGAUUCAAAACUGUACAAAUGACUAAACAACUUUGGUGGUUUGAAGUUAAUUGAAAAUGAGCAAGUGAAGGGCUUGUGAAAUUUGCAUUUGGCUUUGGCCUUCAAGCAUUUGGAAAUAGUACCAGAAUUUCCAUUUUAUGUUUAUCCAACUGAGGUGCUUCUUAUGUCUCUUUCACUAAUUGUUGGCAGCAUUCAUGAUCCCAUCCUAUGUUGGAAAUUUGAACCUAACUUAAGAAAUUGUGAAUCUUUUUUUUUUUUUUUUGGCAGGACUGAGACUUUGUUCUACUUACUCUUAAUGAGUUCUGAUGAAAUAUUCAAACACUCACGUAAAGAGAUGAUCCUCGGGGCCUGUUCUGCACCCCCAGGGAGCUUUUCUGGUCUUGCCCAUCUUUAAGGUUGGAGGCUUUAUUGUGGCAUCCAUGUGAUGUUCUUCCCUGGGAAGCCCCAUCUACCAGGUGGCUUCUGGCUGGUUAUACCAGCAGCGUUUCAUCAGCACUCUGAUGACCCAUGAUUCCCAACAAAAUUUCUUGAAACUGGUCAUUCUGGGGGAUGGUCGGAGCAUGCAUUUCCUACCACUAUCUCUCAUUUCAUCUGUGAAGCACAUCAGGGCAGCAAUCGCUGUCAGGUUUGGUGCAGAUGAUUUUGGUAAAGAACUAUCUUCUGAUUCUUGUCUAUGGAAGUCAUUCAUAACUGUUCCUUUUAUUUAGUUUCAUUCCAAGUCGAAAUAUCUUUCUUGUGUUCUCUGAUUAUAAAAGUAAUACCUGCUCAUUGUAAAAAUUCAAAAAAUACAGAAAUGUAGAAAGUAGAAAGUGUAAGUCCCGGUUAUCCCAUCCCCCUGAGACAACCACCGCUUACAGUUUGAUGUAUAUCUUUCCAGAGACUCUAGAAUUUAAACAUAAUAUUUUUAUUACCACUUCUUUCUAUUUGAAGACAUUCUUUCCUCAGAAGUUCAACUCAAGUUCAGCCGACCUUAUCCUUUCAUGACCUGAAUCGGUGCCAUCCUUUAUCACAAUGUUAAAUUAUCUUUGAGAGAGAGUAGCCCAGAUAUAUUCCUGAUCAAAAUUUGGCCUUUGUUACUGCUCUACACAAAUCAGACGCAUGUGCAGAAUUGUGCCUGGAGAGAAGGGUUUGGUGGAAACAGACAUUUCUGGAAACUUUCAAAUUGCAAAUGGAAACUUGGACCCACUAUCUAAAAAGGAAUGUACUGGAAAAAUAAUCUGAAGAGUUGACAAAUUGUGUAAUAGAUUGAACACAUGGAAUGCAAUGCAACAAGACUUUCUGCACUAAAACUUAUCCUAGUAUGUACAACAAUGUGUGUAUUAUAUAACAGUGAUGUGUACAUUUCCAACACCCCAUACAUAAUAUACACAGUUUGUAUAAAUGCAUACAUUUAAAAAUAUAUAUGUACAAUACAACUAACAUAAAACUGUAGUACGCCUGAAGGAUAUUACUAGUGCCUAAUAUUGAGUAUAAAUCACUGCGUGUUCGCAUCACCUUGGAAGUGCAGUAAUUGUUAUAAAAUUAAUCAGUGCAGCCAACAUUAUUUAUGAAUCACAUCUUUGAAACUGUGCAGUAGCAUAUACAUAUAUAUUUUUAAAUAACAUUUUUCACAGUUUUCCAGAGUUACUGUUGAAAUCUGUAUCACCAAAAAAAAAAAAAAAAAAAAGCAAGAUUUUUUUAAUGAUGUAGACAUUCUUCAGACCCAGUAAUC